UCACUGCGCGGGCCCGGGAACGGCGGCUGCGGCACCCCAGAGUAACGGGCGCCCGGGCGGGAGCAGAGCGAGAGAGACGUGGCGCCCCGCAGCCCCAGGAAUUCGUCCGCAGGCUGGGUCGGGGGCCGGCGGCAGGUCCUCCCCGCAGGGCCGAGGGGGCGCUGCGGCUACCCAGCAGCGCGUCGCCUAGGGGCGCGGCCAGACGCUGGACCGUCCCCCGGACGCCCCGCCUCGGGGGCGGGCCGGCGCCCGUGUUUGUUUGCUCCGUGUCAGUUACAUUGUAACAAAAGUGGGGCCGCCUCAGCUCCGGCCAGCAGCACCCCACGCCCGCCCUCCGUCAGCUGUCGCCGAUAUGGAGCCGGUGGCCAGCAACAUCCAAGUCCUCCUGCAGGCGGCCGAGUUCCUGGAGCGCCGCGAGCGAGAGGCCGAGCAUGGCUACGCAUCUCUGUUCCCGCAUCGCAGUCCCGGGGCCCUACACCAGAGGAGGAAGCGACCCCCGCAAGCUGCGGCCGCGCAGGACAGUGGGCGGUCCGUGCACAACGAGCUGGAGAAACGCAGGCGCGCGCAGCUGAAGCGGUGCCUCGAGCAUCUCAGGCAGCAAAUGCCCCUGGGGACCGACUGCGCCCGAUCCACCACGCUGAGCCUUCUGCGGCGGGCCCGGGCGCACAUCCAGAAGCUGGAGGAGCAGGAGCUGCGCGCGCGGCGGCUCAAGGAGCAGCUGCGGAGUCGCCAGCAGAGCCUGCGGCGGCAGCUGGAGCAGCUGCGGGGGCCGGCGGGGGCCGAGCGGCUGCGGGCCGACAGCCUGGACUCGUCGGGGCGCUCCGACUCAGACCCGGAGGAGCUGGAGGUGGACGUGGAGACGCUGGUGUUCGGGCCCCCGGACGAGCUGCUGCGGGCAUGCGCCGCGGGCCAGGAGCACAGUUACUCGCACCGCGGGGCCGCCUGGCCGUGACCCCGCUUCUGCCUGCCUGGACGGGCCGGGACAGCCCUCCGGGUAGAAUGGACUCAAAGGACCCUUUGAACGGGAGACGCUCCCCCUAGCCGGGGGCGUGCGUGUGUUUCUGGGCCCCCUGAAAUUGCUCAGGUCCGGCCCGCCGCCUCUGGUGGUCUGUUUGUAGCACUUGGGUCUGGGACCCUCCGGGCCUGGAAGCCCGCGGCCCCGCCCCCACGCCCCUCGGGGGCCCAGCGCCCCGGCCCCGCCCCCACAUCAUGUUUGUACAGUAUUUUCAUUAAAAGCCUCUUUUCUAA